AUGGAAAUAAAAUCAGAAAAUGGGAUAGUAAAAGAAGGGAAGCAUCCUGCUCCAAAUCCACAAAAUACCACUCAAAUCAAAAAUCCAAAGAAUAAAAUUAAAAAACCCAAUCCAGAAUGUGGGAAGCUAUACCUAAGACCUAAUCAAGUCCGGAUGCAUCAAGUGAAGCAUACACCUGAGAGAAACUUCCAGUGUUCUCAGUGUUUUAAGGCAUAUAAAAGUGCAAUUUCUCUGAAACUUCAUGAAAAAAUCCACUCAGAUGCUACGCCUUUUAGCUGUAAGAUCUGCGGAAAAUCUUUCAAGCUGGCCAAGUAUCUGAAAAUACAUCGUUCAAAACAUUCUUCCGAGAGGCAGUUUGAGUGUGCAGAUUGCGGACGUAAAUUUAAAUUGAAAUCCCAUCUCAAAGAACACCUGAAGAGGAUUCAUUUAGGCAUAAAACCAAGCGCAUUUUCAUCCAAGUGGUACGCCUGUGGACAAUGUGACCAGAUCUUCUAUGGCAAACACAACUACGAAGUCCAUUCAUUGAUACACAGUGAUUUUGUAGCUUUUGAGUGUCUUCAAUGCGAUAAGAAAUUCAAAAGUAGGUACUACCUCAAAUCUCACCUACGGCUGCACGAGAGGGAACAACAGAAAGGCCCCCAAUUUCCAAGGAAGAAGAAACUUCCCUGUUGCAAAGAUUGCGGAAUAUAUUUCAAAUGUCAGAAAACACUGCGGCUCCACAGAGAAAUGCGCCAUGGAGAGCCCGAACAAUCAAUUUUUGAAUGUAAAACUUGUACGAAAAAAUUCACCACUAUCUAUCAAUUGCAAAACCACAUAAAGUGCAUUCACGGUUCCCGAAAAAUUAAUCCAAAAAUCCAAAGGAAAGAUCUCACUUCUGAGUGCAGUAAGGAAGUUCCUCAGGGCAAUAAUCGUCUUCUCAAUUUUGAUAUAGCUAAUAAAAUUUUGAAUUUUAAAAUUGGAAAUUGGCAAGAAGAGCAAAAUCUGAAAAAUGAAACUAAUUUUCAAAAUUUACCCAUAAAAAUUGAAGAAAUAAAAACUGAAAUUGAAGAUUUAGAACCACAAGAAAAAAUGGGAUUAAAUGAUACAGAACAUUUGGGAAUACUAGAGACAACAAUUGAAUUUUCAGAUACGAUAAAAACUGAGAUUGAUUAUGAAACUGUAAUAAAAGUUGAAAAAUAAUUCUGUAAUCAUUGUU